CCCUCCUCUCGAGUUGGAGCCAGAGCCGGUGCCUUCAGCCGGAGGUGCCGGUGCGGAAAGCGGGAGCUCCGCUACCACGGCCGCCGCAGCCGCUCCAGGCCAUGUCUCUUCGGACGCUGCGCCUCGAGGACGGAGACCGGCGGCUGGCGGAGACGGAGGAGGCCGAAGAAGGCGCCCCCGGGGCCCGUGUUUUGCCUCCUCCUCCUCCGCCGCUGCUUCCCUGGGACCGCUUCUCGGCCUGGCUGCAUUGCGCAUGCGUGGUGGGCUUCGACCUGGAGCUGGGCCAAGCAGUGGAGGUAAUAUAUCCUCAACAUGCAAAACUUACAGAUAAAGAGAAAACCAAUAUUUGCUAUUUGUCUUUCCCAGAUUCCAAUUCAGGUUGCCUUGGAGACACACAGUUUUGUUUUAGAUUCCGACAGUCGUCUAACAGAAAGCUUUCGUGGCAUUGUCUGCUGGACCAGUUUGACAGAGAACUACCCAUUUACCUGAAGAGGGAUCCAGCAUAUUUUUAUGGCUAUGUGUAUUUCAGACAAGUUCAAGACAAGACAUUGAAGAGAGGCUACUUCCAGAAGUCCUUGGUCCUGAUCAGCAAGCUGCCUUAUAUCCACUUUUUUCACACUGUGCUUGGACAAAUUGCACCUGAAUACUUUGACAAGAAUGAUCCUUACUUGGAAGCAGCUUGCAAUGAUAUUGAUCGAUGGCCACCACCAGUCCCAGGGAAAACCCUACAUUUGCCUAUUAUGGGAAUUGUAAUGAAGAUGCGGAUUCCUACUUGUCAUGACAAGCCUGGAACAACUGAAGUGCUACAAUCCACAUACCAGGAAGACACGCAAAUCUCCAUUUCUUUGCCUACUGUCCAUGAAGUGGAUCUCUUCAGAUGUUUCCUGCCCGUGUUCUUCCACAUCCAGAUGCUGUGGGAACUCGUGUUGUUAGGGGAACCACUCGUUGUCAUGGCACCCUCUCCAUCAGAGUCCUCCGAAACUGUGUUGGCACUUGUCAGUUGUAUCUCACCAUUGAAGUACUACAGUGAUUUUAGACCUUAUUUUACAAUACAUGACAGUGAAUUCAAAGAAUACACAACUCGUACACAGACUCCGCCUUCUGUCAUAUUAGGAGUGACAAAUCCAUUUUUCGCUAAAACACUGCAGCACUGGCCACACAUCAUCCGAAUAGGAGACAUUAAACUAUCAGGUGAAGUCCCAAAACAGGUGAAAGUGAAAAAACUGAAGAAUCUAAAGACGCUGGAUUCUAAACCUGGUGUCUAUACAUCUUAUAAGCCAUACUUGAACAGAGAUGAAGACAUAAUAAAACAGUUACAAAAGGGAGUACACCAAAAGCGUCCUGCAGAAGCCCAAAGCAUAAUCCUUCGACGUCAUUUCUUGGAACUGACUCAGAGCUUCAUUAUUCCAUUAGAACGAUAUGUAGCAAGUUUGAUGCCUUUACAAAAAAGCAUAUCACCUUGGAAGAGUCCACCACAGUUGAAACCAUUCAACCAAGAGGAAUUUAUGAAAACACUUGAGAAAACAGGGCCUCAACUUACCUCUAAAUUAAAAGGAGAUUGGAUAGGACUGUACCGGCAUUUUUUGAAAUCUUCCAACUUUGAUGGAUGGUUCAGAACACGGCGGAAAGAAAUGACGCAGAAACUGGAGGCGCUGCAUUUAGAAGCAUUGUGCAACGAGGACCUGCUUUUCUGGAGUCAGAAGCACACUGAGGUGGAAACAGUGGACCUAGUCUUAAAAUUAAAGGAUAAAUUGGCUGAUGGAAAGAACUUGCCGGUGAAUCCUGGCACUAUGGAGAAGUUACAUAAGCACAUUGAUUCGAUUAUACUUGCUCAGCCAGAAGAUUUGCAGGGCAUCUUGACCAAAACGGGCUCAACGUGACUCGGUGGAUUUUUGUGCAGCAGGAUGCAUUGCAUCAAACCUCUCAAAAGCAUAAAGGGGAGAAUCAGUGGAUGUAAAAAGUAUCCUGUGAUGGAAAAAGAUCAUGUUAGUGAUUAUUUUAAAGCAGCCUUUAAACUCAUCUUAAUAUUUUGUUUAUAUGUUUGUAUUUAAAACUUAAGUGCUCUUAUUGUAAAAUCUGCAUUUAUCUUGAACUUUUACAUGCAGGUCUGUAACACAGUGCAAAUAUUGCAGAGUAGUGCUCUGCCCAAUUCUGUUAAACUCAGGGGAAGCAAAACUCCUAUUAAUUUUAAAGUCUAUCCCACUGAAGACAUUUGCUAAUAGCUUCCCAGUGAGACCUUUUAUUUUAUAUUAUCUCCUGUGAAGAUCUCAAAAGCCAGUCUACUAAUGUAGUAGCUUCGUUUUGAUAUUAUAGAACUCAUUGCCAAACCACUUUAGCUGUUGGAGGCACAGCUUAUGGGGCCUUCCGUAUUCCUCCUCCUCUUUCUCAUGCUUUCUUAGAUCGGAGUACUAGCCAUAGCCAGGUAUGAUAUGCCAAUUGGAAAAAUAAUUGCUGCUAACCAUUGACUGAAACCAGAACUUGGAAGCUAGUCUGAUGUCUUAUCUUAGUCGAGAGCGGUUGGGACUUGGGUUCAUGGACACAAAAAGAGAGGGUGGAGGUAUGCAGUGUGUUAAGAUGCCCUUGAACACAUCUGCUUGACGAUGCCUGAGUGAAGUGGGGGCUUUAAAUGUCCAGUGAACAAUAGCACCAAUCCCUAUUUGGCUACAUUUUUUUCUAGAACAGAAAUAGUUUAGCUAAAUUACCAAGUAAUUAAUAUACUUGUUACUGUCUUUUUUUCAAAGCACCUGUGUUUCCCCCUAGUUGUGGGGAGAGAAAUUUCUUUGGAAUGAGGUGAGGGAAGAGAUGUUAUUUCUUCUCCCGCUCCAAUAUUUCGGCAGUUUUUAAAAGUUUAAAAUCAAAUCAAAUUAAUAUUUCUCAUUUAAAAAAAUACACUCAUCUUAUCAUGGUAAUCUAAAUUUUAAAAUGCAGUACUGAAAUUCAAAUGUUAGACAUUGAUUGACUCAAAUUUUCUGUAUAAUUAGCCAACUUCCUUGUAGAAUUCCUACAUACAGCUGUCUCUUACUCUCCUCUCAUGCUUCCUCAUGCUUCUCUGAGAAGUCUUAGGUUCCUUAUACUUGUGUAAUUGAAGUAGCAGGAUAUUCUUUCCCUGUUUACUAUGCCCCCAUCCCCCCUCUUGCUUUAUUUUCCUGUGUCUGUUAUAGAUUACAAGCCCUUUAGAACAACAUUACUCAAAGUGCUAGACACUGAACCCCAGGCUGCUGGUCCCUAGCAAGUUGCCAAAAACAAAAACAAAAAAAAAACCCUCUUGUAGACAUUUGGUAUGGUGCCAGGGCCUGUCAUGGUGGGGAGAAAAAUCUGCCCCCUGUGUUAAAAUAAGGGUCUGUCAUAUUAUUUUAUGUAGCUAUCCAUGUGCACUGAUGACGCUGUGUGCACCUGCUAAUCGUAAUUGCAAAAAAGAAGAUAACAUGAUUGCAGUGGCAGAAUAGACUACUGCACUGAAACAUGUGUCUGGCAUAAG